AUGAUCUACAACUGGAUCCAAUUAGCAGGCUUCUGUAUACAGGACCUUGUUAUAUGCGGCCUUUAUAUCUAUGAGGCGAUCCGCGCUCUCAAGUGCAUUAUCCAAAUUCGCGGUCGGAAUGGCCGCAAGGUCAUCAUUCACCUUCUUUGGGUCAAUAUUCUCGUUAUUGCCCUCAAUAUUCUACUACUCCUCACGGAGUACAAGCUGCACUACAUCCAAGUCAGCUUCAAGACGGUGGUCUAUUGCAUCAAGUUGAAACUGGAGUUUUCUGUGCUCAACCGUCUCCGCUCACUGGUGCAUUCUCCUGCCCUGGCUUCCCCGCCAGACCCAAUGCAGCAGUGUCGGUCAUCAAUCGAUAUGAACCUCUUUCAAGCCUACUUCUCCCGUCCAAUUGUCGCACUGGACAUGGCAACGCCAUCUAGCACGGGUCCAGUGGGAGUCAUCCGUUGUGACUCGCCAUCUAGCAGUAUCCCGGAUUAUCACGGGAUGCUACGCGAGAUCUCAGAUGGGGGAGAUUGA